CACGCAGCGGCAUGUCGCCUGUCCACGUUGCUCAUUUUUAUUUUCCCCGCCGCAGGCAACGAUGCUGCCGUGCUGCUUUGCUGUCGUCGUUGUGCUGUGCGCCGCCGCCAUCGCUUCGGCCGUCGACCCAACCAUCACACUCAACUCGGUGGCCACUUCGCCAGUGUAUUCGUCCAUGAGUCUGUGCUCGCGAGCCGCGAUUCAAGAGGCAGCGAACGACUUGUUCAAAAACUCCGCCGGUCCUGUCGGUGCAUGUGCGCAGUCGCUCGAUAUGCUGCCAAGGCAAUUCCUUGCACUCCAGCGGGCAACCGCGACCCACUGCCGCCUCCUCGUCAACAACUCGGCCUGCUCCGCCUUCAACGACGCGUACAACGCUGCGGUGCGCACGAUCUCGCCUGUGUGCCUGCUGUCGCCGACCCAGCCGUCGUCGGUCGCGAGAUCCUACGACGAGUUUGUUGCCGAGUGGUGCGCGCCGCCACCCCAGCCAUCGUCCAAGAUGCCGUCCAACGCGACCAACAGCACACGUGAGAAUGCGACUGUACCGACCAUCACGGCGCCGCCUCCAUCCACCCGCUCGGUCGUAGACAUCAACACGUUGCCUCCUUCGAAACCCGCGCCAAGCUCCGUCGCGCCAUCCCGUGUGCUGCAGCUCUGUGUGGCCGUGCAUGUUGCUCUCGUCGCAGUCUCGACAGAUUGUUGAGCGAGCCCGUAUUUAUUGUCGCUGCAACUUGUUCAUCUCGCACGUCCAGCGCCGACGCGCUCGCCACCGCCGUCGCGGCUGCCGGACACCUUGGGCGGAAACCGCGCUCUUUCGCACCUGUUCUGUCCAUGUCAAAAGG